AUGGUGGGCGUGCCACACAGCAAAGGCUGCUCUCUAUGUCGAGAGCGACGGAUCAAAUGCGACGAGGCCGUCCCAGAAUGCGGCCAGUGCCGCAAAUACGGACGCGCCUGCCCGGGCUACCGUCGUGUAUUUCGCUUCCAGGACGAAGGCCCCAAUCUCACCAAGCGCCACAAGUCCAGCCGACAGACCACGGUCGCGAGACCGACCCGCCCUACGCAAUAUACGUUCGUGCACGAUGACUCCGCUGUUGCGGCCGAUGUGGUGCGGGAUAAUGCGAUCGCGCUAAUGCGCCAGCAAUCGAUGUAUGGGGGGUGGGAUGAGAAGGUCACACCGUCGCUGGUGCGGAAGACCUUUCGUGCUGCGCAGCCACAGUUAUUCCUGGACUUUAUCAGCGCGGCAUUUCCGACCCUCUACUAUCACAAUCGGUUCCGCUCGGGGGAUGGGGCGGGGUUUGCGGAAUACAUCAUUAUGAAUUAUGGUCAGCAUGCCUUCAUGGAUUCAGCGAUAUGCUGCUUGACAUCGGUAUACCUGGCCCGAUUGACCAAAGACCCAGCACUGGCCAGGUCAAGUCGGCAGAUGUAUUCCAAGGCGUUGGGCGAGGUCAUAAGGGCGAUUUCGAAACCGGAGCAAGCCCAAUCAGAUAAUAUGCUGUGCACGUCUAUUAUCCUGAGUGUGUUCGAGAUGUUUGCGAAAACCACACCCGACGCCUGGGUUGUCCAUUCGGAUGGCGCGAAGCGGCUAAUGAUCAGUCGAGGACCGGCAGCACACGAGUCCGGCCUCGGUAGGUUCUGUUGGUACGCCUUCCGCGGAUUCUUCAUCGCCACCGCAGUUCACGAAGGCAAAGCCUGCUUCCUAGACGAGGAGGAAUGGCAAUCAUAUGCCGCCAAAGUCAGAGCUGAAGACUGCCAGAAGCCUGGCGAGUGGUCUGCCUAUGCCGAGAUCUCCGAUCUGUCGUAUAUGGAAAUCGCAAAGUGUCCGCGCUAUAUCAUGGAAACUCGGGAAUUGCUCGCAAGCCCGACGGACCCAGAUCCAAAUGCCAUUCUCGACAUCCUCCGUCGUAUUCGCGAUACAUCAAAUUUGCUACACACGCUCAUGGCCGAGCUGCAGGUUUGUCUCACUGCACACAGCGAGCGGCAGCAAGGCAUAGUCCAACGGCCUGGGUCCUUCGUUGGACCCAUCCCGCCCGCUUUCCCAGACACGGGCCCUGCACACCUUCUCAGUGGUGCUGCAAGUAUGCAGCAGACGUUACAACAGCUGUCCGAACGUCUCGAGGAUCGCUUGCGCUUCAACCUGGUAGACGAGCAGUCUCCAGGAUCUGUCGACUCGCCCAGCGAUAGUAGUUCAUGCUACACUGCGUCGUCGAGUAGUUCCAAGAGUGGCACAUUGCCAUUCCGAAUUCAUUCACAGCUCGAGAGUGGUCCGAAUGAGGCAUCUGAUCCGCAUGAUCCACAUGCAGCAAUCUGGCUGGACCGUCUAGCGUCUUCGAUGGGUGUAUUAGGCACCAAAGUGCUGCCAGCCGAGACGGACGGCUCGCGUUCAUCCCCCCAGAUAUCAUAA